AUGAAUCUGGUUGCUGAAUGGCAAAUCAUAUUAGGUCCGGAAAACUUCCCAAAUCUUUUUACUCACAUUAAUCUUUGGGUGUUUUUACCUCUCCAUAUCAUCCCAUACCCACUUCGAGCAUUUCAAUUUAUCAUUAACUAUCAUUUGGCACAACUGGACGAAGAUUCGCCUCCUUCAAUUUGGAAAACUCUUUACGAACAUUACAAAUUUGUAAAUACCUAUGCAUUUAACAUAUAUUUUGCAAUUAUAAUGGCAAUAUCAAUUACAUGGGGAGCAAUACGCCUUAUUUUAUACCCAGUUAAUCAAUGGGGCCAUUAUGGAUCAGGAAUUACCGAUUUUUACUUCAUUGUCGUUUUGUGCGGCUUUGCAAUAUGCUCGAUCUUACUUUGGAUAACAGCAUAUGUCCUCAAAGAUACUCAUGAAGAAAUUAGAAUCAACAAAGAAUUAAUUUUAAUUAAUAUUCUCUGGAGUAUAUUCGCACCAAUUUAUAUUGUUGUUGGAAUGAUCCAGCUCAAACCAGAAUACAAUUAUUUAGACAUAAUUCCUCAAUAUUUAAUAGUUUUCCUUACAAUUUACGAUUUUACAAUUACAUUUUGUUAUCCAAUCAGUAUUGCAUCUAUCAAGCCAGAAGAAAUUACAUUUGGUAUCGAUGUAUUAGAUAAUUUCGAACUUUUCCUUAAUGAUCCAGAAGGAUCCAGAUUAUUCUACAAUUAUACAGUGCAUCGCAAUACAAGGGAGUCCUACCUAUUCUUUAAGGAUGUACAAAACUUCAGAUCCAUCACAGAUGUCCAAGAACUCCAAAAAGAAUACAAAAAAAUUUGCGAAAAAUAUUGCGAAGGAAAGACGAUUCUUACUCUUAACAUGAGAAAAGAAAAGAGAGAAAGUGUAUUAAACGCUACAACAGUCGAUCCAACCAUUUUCGACAACUUAUAUAAAGCAUAUAAAAUUGUUGUCGUUAAGGACGUGUUUUACCCUUUCAAAAUAACUCCUGAGUUCGAAGCAUUCGCUCGAGCACAAAAAGCAAGAAUUCUCAAGAAAAAUGUCCCAAUUCCAAAUUAA